AUGUGCUUGCUUAGCCUUGAAACAAUGCUCGAUCUGGAGAACGACAACUUACGGAGUUCGUUGCAAGAUCAAUGCUCUUUAUGUUUCAGGAAAUUUAGCUGUCCACACUCAAUAGUUCCACCUUGCGAACAUGUUUUGUUUGAUCCUUCCGAUUGUGCGCAUUGCAAAAGAUUGAAACAGCUGGCUCAGUGUAUUUUUCAGGAUCACAUUUUCCAACUUUGCACCAUGGCUCGUCGUGGACGCAGCUUGGUUUUGAGCCUAUGCCUGGGCGCUGCCGCACUCCUGAUGUGCUGGCAGCUGGUGUCGCCUGCCUUCCUGCAGCCCAAGCAGAACAACAGGGGCUUGGAAGCUGCUGCUCCUGCUGCGCUGGGUGCAUUGGCCUCCAUGGCAGGAACCAUGCCAGCGGAGGCAUUGAAGGGUCCGCUUACCGGCAGUGACCUGUGCACCAAGCCCCUGAUCUACUUGAUCUACCCAUUGUGCGACCCGCUCUUCUUGGUGUGCCCGCUCUACAACUUCCCUCUGGUCUUGGGUUUCUUCGCUGCGUUGGUCACCGUCAUCAACCUGAUUCUGCCUGAGACACAGCCGGAUGAGGAUCUUCGCGUUGGUUAG